UUCAUAACAGGGAAAUAAUUAGACCGAUACAUUACAUUACAGGGAAAUAUUUAGACAGAUACAUCCUCUCACAGGGCACGAUCUCAAAUCUUGGAAACGUCGUGAAACAAUCAAAUGUUGGAAACCCGGAUACAUGCGCUCAAAAGUGUUACAAAAGUGGAAACAAUACGUGUAGAUCAUUUGACUUCUGUGAAAGUACAAAAUCCUGUUAUUUGUCACGUGAUCGGAAGACAACAACAUCUGUGUCUUCAUCUACUGCAGAUUCUUCUUGCUUACACUAUUCAAGAAAAUAUUUGUUUGAUUUUACAAUAUCACCAGACAAACAUUUGCCCUAUGGACCUGUUGUUUCUUUUUCAAAUACAAGCGUAGAUGACUGUGCUAAACUUUGCGUAGAUGACUACGGAUUGACUUGUAGAUCAUUCAUGUUUUGUGGACAUAGUACUUGCAAUAUAUUUUCUGUAAAUAAUAGAAACGUGCAAUCUCAGAUAUCAUCGAACGCCGUGUGCGAUACUUACACGAGGCAUUUAUCAUACGUCGGGCCAUCAUCAAGUGUUGCAACAGCACAAAUAAAGAAUGGAUAUAGUUCAGGUUCCAUGGCAGCUGUUGCGUUCGGUGCUUUAAUCCCUGGAAUGGUCCUCGGAGCUGCUAUAUUAUAUUUUUCAAAAACUAGGAAACUGAUACAAAAUGAACAUGAAAUGAAAAUAAUUCAUAAUGAACAGUCUCCCGAUGAAGACUAAAUAUAUUUUCAUCACAUGAGAUAAUAAAAAUAUUAUAUUCUAUUCGAUAAGAUAUGUGUUUAAUUGUGCUUAUUUAUAUUAUAUUUUCAUUAGAAUCCGAAUCGGUCUGCAUAUGGGUAAAUUAAUUCGUGCAUUUUCCACCCAUGCAACCAGUGUAGAUCAAGAUUUGUCCGCGCCGUGGGAUCAUGAUCUGCACUAUCCGUGGUAUGGAAAUAUUAAAUGAUGAGCAAGUUCAAACUUUUAAUUCACGUAUAUUUACUGACCUUGAUAUUGAAUAUAUAGCAUAGAGUACAAGAGAAGGGCCAUAUUUUCAGAUUUAUACAUUAUAAGUUAUAUAAACACUAGUAUUUAUCUGCAUUGCAGGAAACAGUUUUGUCGUAUUGUGUUAAUUUAAUUGUAUUUUAUAAUGUCUGAAAAUGUUUGUGAACAAUAAAAUUGG